UCCCUUCAUUCUGUUAAAACAAUGUCCUCCAGGGAAAGAUCCUCAAAGGACAUUUGAUCUCACAAGCUUUGGAAUUCUUUCAAGGGACCUAACCCGGAAACCACUCGGCAGCACCCUAAUUCUGAGCCUAUGGUCCUUGGAAUCGCUAGGAGAUGAGCACCUCUCUUAAUUACAAGACUUUUUUCAAAGAGCAGCAAACUAUGGAUAACCUGGAGAAACAGCUUAUUUGUCCCAUAUGUUUAGAGAUGUUUACUAAGCCGGUGGUUAUCCUUCCCUGCCAGCACAACCUCUGUAGAAAAUGUGCCAGCGAUAUCUUCCAGGCCUCGAACCCAUAUCUGCCAACCAGAGGAGGCACUACUGUGGCAUCAGGAGGUCGAUUCCGCUGUCCCUCUUGUAGACAUGAAGUAGUUCUGGACAGACAUGGAGUGUAUGGUCUUCAAAGGAACCUGUUGGUGGAAAAUAUAAUUGAUAUAUACAAACAGGAAUCUACCAGGCCUGAAAGAAAAACUGAGCAGCCAAUGUGUGAAGAACAUGAAGAUGAGAAAAUUAAUAUUUAUUGCCUGAAUUGUGAAGUACCCACAUGCUCAAUGUGCAAAGUUUUUGGUGAUCACAAAGACUGUCAGGUCGCUCCCCUCACAAAUGUUUUCCAAAGACAGAAGUCUGAACUCAGCGAUGGCAUUGCUGUAUUAGUGGGAAGUAAUGACAGGGUACAAGGAAUUGUAACUCAGUUGGAGGAUACCUGCAGAACAGUUGAGGAAUGCUGCAAAAGACAGAAGGAACAGCUGUGUGAAAAAUUUGAUUAUCUGUAUUCAAUACUGGAAGAAAGAAAAAGUGAGAUGACACAAAUGAUCACUAGGAGGCAAGAAGAGAAACUGGAACAUGUCCGGUCUCUGAUGAAAAAGUAUGCUGACCAUUUGGAGACAGUGUCAAAACUGGUGGAAUCAGGCAUCCAGUUUAUGGAAGAACCAGAAAUGGCAGUUUUCUUGCAGAAUGCCAAAGCACUGCUACAAAAAAUUACUGAAGCCUCUAAAGCAUUUCAGAUGGAAAAAAUAGAGAAUGGGUAUGAAAAUAUGAGCCACUUCACAGUCAAUCUUAAUAGAGAAGAAAAGAUAAUAAGAGAAGUUGACUUUUACAGAGAGGAGGAGGAGGACAAUGAAGAGGAAGAUGUGGCUGAAGGAGAGGAAUUGGAUGAAGUCCAUACAGAAUCAUCUGGUGAUGAAGAAGAAGUAUCCGAGCGAGCAUCUCAGCAACCUCAGCAGGGCACUGUGCCAAAAGACCCACGGGUUGUCUCUCAGACUAAUGCAGCACCAUCAUUACCACCUCCGUUAUCAGUUACUAAUCAGGGUGACGUUGUGUUGACUACUACCCAGCAGUCUGGAGGACUAAUAGAAGCUGAGCCACAAUCAAGUGGAGAGCCAGUCGAUCCGUUGCUUUAUCCUAGCUGGUAUAAAACUCAGCCACGGCAAACAACCAUUGCAAAUACAGUCCCAGUGACUGAAAGUAGGCAGGUAGGGCCUUCGAUUCCCAAAGAGGCAAAUACAAAGAAGGCAGAAGCGCCAGAACCAGCUACAGCAAAUGGAAGUUCUGCUGUGAGUAGUAAGGAAGCUAACACGCCCACAGACACCUCACAGACUGGGUCUGAACCAUCCCCUCAAGGACAAGUGCAAGGACGUCCUGGGAGCAAUGAAAGAGUUGAUGAGUCGGCUCGUCAUGUCUUCUCUUUCUCCUGGUUGAACUCAUUGAACGAAUGAUGACUCUCAGUCCAGCUGGCUUCUGGAGGAACUCAUAGGCAGCACAUGGCUUGGUUCGGAGUGACAACAAACACUGCAUUAAAAGGAAUGGUGGAUCAGGUUUUAACCAAAAGAUUUUGUUUUAAAACUUUCACAUUGGAUUUGACUCUGUAAGAUUUGUGGAAGCAACUGUGCAAUUUGGGGAAGGAUGGGAGGGGGAAAAGAAUGUGACAUUAGUAUUACUCUGUAACAAUGCUCAAAGGUCCCAAUAGUCAUUUCUUAAUUUUUUACAAGCAUGGGAUCCUGGCACAGUUCUUCUCUGCGAGCCCUGUUGAAAUGAAUAGGAGCUGUGUUACGAUCCCAUAAUGAACCAACUGAGGAUCAAGUUCAUACAAGCUUUUGAGGCAAUGGUGGGUAUCAAAUGAUAACCUUAUUACUUGUCAAGGUCACCUCCAUAGCUGGGUUUUAAGCUUAUGUGAUAAGGCUUUAUCUGUGAUGCGUGAUAACCAAGCUGUUGCAUUAUUAUUGCAAUUGAUCAUAAGUGUGGUCCAGCAAAAUUAAUGUCAGAAAGGUAUGAGAUAAAAAGAAAACAGCACAAUACUGUUAUUACAGGUAAAGUGUUAACAAUACAUGAUAUACGUUUGUAAAAUUCUUGGGCACUUUCACAUGCAGUUUUAUGGGACUGCUUUACCAAUAUUGUUGUAUAGCCAUUUCCUCAACUAAAGGCACUGUUAAUAAACUUCU